AUGAAGUUCACCUCCACUUUGAUUGCUUUCGUGGCCGCUGGCCUCGCCAGCGCCCAGCUGCCCAAUGUACCCGCCUGCUCACUGAGCUGCUUCCUCUCUUCCCUGCAGGGUGAUGGUUGCUCCGAGCUGCUCGACUUCAAGUGCCACUGUCAGAAGCCCGAGCUCAUUAGCAGCAUCGCCCCUUGUGUUCAGAAGGCCUGCGAUCACAAGGAUCAAGUCGCUGUCUCCAGCGUUGUCGUUGACCAGUGCUCCUCCGCUGGUCACCCUAUCUCAAUCCCUCCCAUCGAGACCAGCGCUUCCUUCAGCGCCAGCGCUCCCGAGACCACCAGCACCUCAAGCUCCAUCCCUGUAGAGACCGGUGCUAAGACCACCGCCAGCGAGAGCUCCAGCGCCGUCGAGUCCUCUUCCACGGUAAAGACUGAGAGCUCCAGCACCAGUGCCGCCAGGACCAUAGCCACUGGGUCCACCCACGUCGGCUCCUCCUCGGGUGUUGCCACCUCCACCCCGCUGGUGACCAAGACCGGUUCGGCCCCUGUCUCUUCCUCUUCGCCCGCUUUCAACGGGGCUGCUAAUGUCAAGGGCCACCUGGCUGGUGCUGCUGCCCUUGCCGCUGCUGCCGUUUACGUCCUGUAA